AUGCUACAACAACCUACACCCAACAACACUAUUACACAGUCAUCCAAUUCCAAUAACAACCCGACAAGAAACAAUAAUUCAACAGCAUCAAAACCUCCUCCACUGAUUAAUUCAACAAGCACAGGAAACGUAUUGAAAAACUCAUCACAAGCAUCCAUUCCAAACGAUCGUUCGUUUCAAACAUUUUCAAACCGAUCAUCAAGUUUACCUGAACUCAUCUCUCCCCUUUCCACCAACACAAUGAGCCAGACCUCAAACAACACUUCAGCCUCUCAUCCUCUCACUGGAUCUCUACUCUUCGAUAACAUUCCCAUAAAUGAUUUGGUUUCAUCAACACCCAUGUUUCAAGGUAGCAGUGUAGUGAACAGCAAACAUCAAUCUCAUCCAUCAAGUGCAAACAGUACUCCAGUUAUUCCUGGCAGUGCUUCUACCACCUCGAAUUCAAGCUACUCUACCACAAACACUCCAUCCCUUUCUUCUCCACCCUCUAUUGUAACAUCAUCAACAAACAGUAAUGGAGUGAAGGUAACUUCAACCCCAACUCCGACAGUUAAUAGUAUGCAAAUAUCAUCAUCAUUACCAGGUUCUGCAAGCGUGAAUACAAACAACAUCAAUAGCCAUGUUUCACAAAACUCAACAAAUGGCACAGGAGGAACACAAGACAAACCAACACUAACAAGAGCUUCUUCUUCGUUGUCUAUAUCUCGAGACUCAAUAGGAGCUGGUUUUUCAGUAGGUGCAGCUGCGGCACUUUCUCCAAGUGUUAGAAGAGUUUAUCCAACAACAGCCGACCAAUACAAACUGCUAGAUCCAAUUGGUUAUGGAAUUAGUGGCCCAGUGUAUGAAGCAAUUUGCAUACCAUUCAACGAACACGUGGCCAUUAAAAAGCUUGACCUUGAAAAACUGGAGGAUAACAUCCUACAUACAAUAACAAAGGAAAUUCAUACUAUGGUCACAAGUUUUCAUGAGCAUAUUGUAAAUUAUUUGACCUCCUUCACACAAGAAACUGAAUUAUAUUUAGUAAUGGAAUUGAUGGAAGGUGGAUCUAUAUAUGACAUUAUGCGGUAUAAAUAUCAAGAUGGUCUUCCAUCUGAAGAGUUAAUUUCUGUGGUUUUGUACCAAGUAUUAGAGGGGCUUGCAUACUUUCAUGAGAAUGGUCAAAUUCACAGAGAUAUCAAAGCUUCAAAUAUUCUAAUUAAUGAAGAUGGGCUUGUAAGAAUAGGAGACUUUGGAGUUAGUGCGAAUAUUAUUGAAAUGUCGGGAGAUAGAAGAAGCAAACGUCAGACAUUUGUUGGCUCACCGUGCUGGAUGGCUCCUGAAGUCAUGGAACAAUUUCAUGGAUAUGAUUAUAAGGCUGAUAUUUGGUCGUUAGGUAUUACUGCAUUAGAAUUGGCAUAUGGAAAAGCUCCAUUUGAAGGAUUACCUCCUGUUAAAGUGAUGUAUAUGGUCAUGGAGCAGGAUCCUCCACAACUUUUUGACACUGAGGCUAGAAAAUUUUCUAAAAUUUUUAAAGAUUUUGUUUCGCUGUGUUUGCAAAAGGAUCCAACAAAGCGGCCAUCCGCAGUACAGUUACUCAAACACAAACUGUUCGCUAAAUCUGCGAAACAAAAGGAUUUGAUCAAGAAAAUAAUUUUGGCUGGACUUCCACCACUUGCUGAAAGAGCUAGGCUGCUAAUGGGUUUUAAAAGAUCCAAUAGUCAGACUAAAAUUACGUUUACAAUGAGUCAAACAGAGGAAGAAGCUUCUCCAUUUAUAUCCAUGUCAGAUACUACUAUUUCAUCAUCGCUCAUGUCAACCACAGUUAGCACACAGAAUUUUGAUACAGAAUCAGCGCCUGGUACACAAAAUAUAGAUGAGCAGAUUUUAACUCCAAAAAUAUCAUCUGACGAUUCUUUAUCAGCAGAAAGUGCAUCAAAGAAAGGAGUGAGUCGCUGGAAUUUUGCUGAAGAACUUAAAAAAGAAGAGGAAGUUGGAAAUGAACAAAAUAACCAAAGUUUGAAUCAAACAAAGAAGGUUGAAAAGAAAGGACGUUUCGAGGUUUCAGAAACUGACGAAGACUCAGUUGAAAAGAUGACAUCUGAAUCUCCUGUUAACUACGAGGAUGAGAAAUCUGCCUCCAAAAAGGGACAAACAAAGAAAAGAAACUUUGAAGUUAAGGAAGUUGACGAAAUUCCAGAGGAAGCCGUUAUUACUACAACUCCAACAAUACCAAAAAAGAAGAACUCUGUUUCUAACCUGAGCGUCAAGGAGGUAUCACUUGCUUCGCUCUCCAAUCAAUUGCUGACGUUACAAAAUCAGCAACAGUUAAUAGUCAAUAUGCUAAACGAACAAUCAAAAGUUAAGACUCCACAAUCGGAAACAAUUCCAAUUCUUGACUUGGUGACCAAACUUGAACAAAGAAUACAAGAGUUGCUUGAAGAAAACCAGAGGCUGAAAAAAGAAAAUGAAAUUUUGAAGAGCAAGAGCAAGAUUCAAGCAGAAAAUAAAUAA